UUCAUCUGGAGCUAACAGUUAUUUCUGAAUUCACUGUUUAUGAAAAAAUUUUCUAAAUGGUGGAAAUGAAGUUUUAGGCAGCCCUUCAAACUCGGUUUAAUCGUAGUGGGUGAUCUUCGUGAAUUUAGGAUCUUUCGUGAUUCUUUAAUCUGGUUUUACCAAAAGAGGUUCAAAUUCAAUUUUGAAAGAAAAAAAAAGUUUGAGAUCUGUGUAAUCUUUACGAAGCACGAGUAAAAUGAAAAAUGUAGAUAACUGGAAUUUAAAUCGACGGAAACAAAUUUUAAAACAAAACACAACGCGAUGAGUGUGAGUGAUUCCGAUGACUCGGGUAGUAUGAACUCGAUGUUGCACGUCAGAGCUUCCGAAUUGUACCCGAAGAAAGAACUCAUAGAGACACUGGAAUCAGCUUCUAUUCAAGCACCUUUUACGCCACUGUGCGGCGAAUCUAUCGAAUACAUCGCGCGAAUCGCCGAUGGUGUUUUAGCUUUAUCCAAUUACCGAGUAUAUUAUCAAAAAACCGGCAAAGAUGGCAAAGGAGAUUUCAAUAUACCUUUGGGAUUAAUCGAAGGAAUCGAAAUUAAGGAAUUGUUUUACCUGUAUAUCUCCUGUAAAGAUUGCAGAACUUAUAGGAAGAACGAAUCGCCACUCUGGAGAAACGAUAUGUGAGCGCUCAAAGAGAAUCGUCAUCAUUGCACGACCUUAAUGAAAAACUGGAGCAAGAAUUGAAACAUAAAGACGCCCAGAUAAAGUUACAAGAAGAUAAAAUUGGGACUAUACAAGAAAAAUUUGAGCUGUGUGAGCAAAAGUUAACUCAGUAUGCUAAGCUUCCAGAUAUGGAGCAGGAAUUGAGAUAAGUAAGGGCUCAGAAUCCAACGAGAGAUUACAAUCUCAUUUGAAAGAAAGAAUGAAUUCCAUCGAAGAGAAGAACUGCCUGACUCAAGAUUUAGAAAAAGCUAGAAAAAUAAUCGAAGAACUGCAAAUAGAAAAGAAUGAAUUAAUGAAAGAACUACCUAAGCAAAUCAAAAAUAGAAAUAGAUUGCAUCAAGAGGCAAAUGCUGCAACAAGAAAUCGCCUUCAACAUUCAGCAGACGGAUGCGUUGACGAGAAGUUUAUCUCCAACUGCCGGUGAACCUAGUUCGUUAUUAAGAAGUAAUACUAGUCAACUAUCUCCAUACGAUUCACAUUCGUUGUCAAGAAGGCAUUUAAAAUCAAAAGUCAAUAUGUUAGAUGAUGAUACAUCAAAGGAAUGGGAGAAAUUACAACAAGCUCAUGUAUUAGCCAAUGUUCAACAAGCAUUCGAUGUUAGCAGCGAUAUAGAAUGCGACGAUAAUGAAAGUAUAUUCAGCGGAGCUGAUAUGUUGUCUCCUAAUGGCCAUACAGAUGCGCAAACUUUAGCUUUAAUGUUGCAAGAACAAUUGGAUGCGAUAAAUAAUGAGAUCAGAUUGAUCCAAGAAGAAAAGCAAAACACAGAAGCUCGAGCCGAAGAACUAGAAUCACGUGUUGGCAGCUUAGAGCACAUGAACUUAGGUACUUUGACCCGAGGUCGCAGCUUCGACAAAGGAUCACCACCUCUGAGCGGUCGAUCAACCCCUCAACGGGAUUACUUGCAUAAAUAUCACACGGCUCCAGCUGCCAUGUCUCCGGCUCACCUACGCCAGUACGCGGACUCGGCUAAACACAGUUAUGCCGCAUACGAACCUGUAAAAAAGUUACCAUUCCCGGAAGAUGAUAGUUCUUCUAUGUCUGCUGUAAAUGCAGCUGGUACUGCUAGUCCACUCACUGCGAGAUCUAUGAGACUGGAAAGAGUCGCUCAUGCUUUGGCUCAAAGUCAAGAAGAAUUAUUGAGAAAAGCUGGCAUCAAUCAAUUACCGAGCAAUCAAAGUUUGAAUUACGAACACAGUAAUUACGCAAAUCAAGACAUGAUACAUAGAAAUAUGCAGCUAUCUAGUCUCCCUCGUACUACGCAAUCCGGUACCAUGAAUUCGAUAGGUAAUUCAUCGGCCGUAGUCGCAGCCCAUAAGAAAAAGAGCAUCAAGUCUUCUCUCGGCAGAUUCUUCAGUAAAAAAGAAAAAGGUAAAGUAGUCAAAGAAGGUGUUAUUAAUCCGUUACCUCAAUACGGAGGCGAUUCCGGCUUCAUGUCUUCGUCUUACGUGGAUUCCGAUAUGACCGAUAAUGUUAGUUUAUGCGGCUCCAGUAUCGGUCAAAAAGGAGAUUUUGAUAGAAGAAAAAAGAAAAAACACGAACUCUUAGCCGAAGCUAUGAAAGCUGGUACUCCUUUCGCACUAUGGAAUGGUCCUACAAUCGUGGCAUGGCUAGAGCUUUGGGUCGGUAUGCCAGCCUGGUAUGUGGCUGCGUGUCGAGCGAAUGUCAAAUCCGGUGCUAUAAUGAGUGCGCUUUCAGAUACCGAAAUUCAAAGAGAAAUCGGUAUCAGUAAUCCGCUGCAUAGAUUAAAAUUAAGAUUAGAUAUUCAAGAAAUGGUUUUCUUUAACGAGUCCGUCUGCACCAAAGACCUUGCGUGCAACGUUAGCGUUCGGUGAUAUGAACCAUGAACGGAUCGGUAACUAUUGGUUACCUGGUUUAGGAUUACCUCAGUAUCGGUCUACCUUCAUGGAAUGCUUGGUCGAUGCUCGAAUGUUGGAUCAUUUAACUAAAAAAGAUCUCAGAGGGCAGUUGAAAAUGGUCGAUAGUUUCCAUAGAAAACGUCGGUGUUUUGGUGUGGUCAAACAAUAGAGUCAUACGAUGGGUAUCAUCUAUCGGAUUAAAGGAUUACGCUGGUAAUCUAUUAGAAUCAGGAGUUCACGGAGCGUUGAU